ACUCUUUAUUCAUAUAGCCAUGAUUUUGCUACCUCUGAAUCGCACACUUCGCGGCAUCCGUCACCAGAAAGAAGCUGACUGGGUUGCACGCUCCACCCCCCCCCCCUUGGGAAUGCCCAUGGUCCCAAUCUCCCCAUCCGAACAGAGCCCAAACGUACAGAACAGCGAUCAUCUUAGUGCCUGUCUUGGGAUUACACUGCAGUGGUGGCGCUCCGGCUCAGAUCCGUGGGCACUUCAUCUCUGGUAUUUCGAAAUGAAAAGCUGAAGAUUUGUGUAUCGUAGCUGUGCCUAGUCUCUCAUGUUUAUCACGCUGGAAUUCACCGAAAUCAUCUGCCUGGUUACAAAUAUUAGUGUAAUGGCUACAAAGAGUCUUUGUGGCAAUCGUUCGGGUUGCCAUGCCUGUAGUGCCCCCACUAUACAGACCAGACCAGACCAGGCCAGAGACCAAAAGCUUGUCUCUCACUUUGGUUUCUUGAGGCGGCGCCAAGACGUCCCAGUCGGGAAGCGGAUGCCGCGACGUGAGGCGCUUCCAGGCGGUUUUCGAGAACCGCUUCGUGCUAAUUUUUGGCAGAUAAACCUACUGUUCGCAGCAUAUCCAGGAGCUUUGGGGGAAAAGAAACGUAUGGCCUCACUGAUGAUGCUGUGUCAUUGCCCUGUGUUUCUGUGUGCACUACUCGUGGCUGACCAUUUUGGCUGGCACAAAACAAAAGACAAAAUUUAAACCCGGCACUAAUUUUUUGAUGUCCUCAACUUACGCAUAGGGUGGGGUAAGUUGAUGAAAAUAUGUAGACUGUCAUUUUUGGGUCGUGCGAAAUAAAUAUCUGGUUUAGCACCACAGUAAUUUGUGGAUCAUCUCUCAAAGGUUUGGGGAUUCUGUUAACGAAUAAUGGUACAAUUCAGGCGAUUAUUCUGACAGCUAUUAACAAAAUAGUUCAACUGUCUUCAACAUAGACCACCUUAUCCUAUAACUAACAGACACUCAGUACACUGCUUGUAAAAACGAGCGAUGUUUUAAUCCGCAUUAUCUUGUCAUUUUUCACAGCGACAUGUUCGAACAAAGUACUCUUGACAAAUGACUACACUUACCUGGAAACCCGAAAAAGACAAAUGACGCAAUCGACAAGAAGGACACCCGAUUGUUUUAUGCAAGCAAUGUUAUAUAUCUCUAUAUCCAUUGCCUGUACGCCUUGUGCCGUGCGGAAAAUAUUUAGGUGGCGGUGCUGCACCAAUCUUCGUCGAGCUCAAUUGCGCUCAUGACACAUGGAUAGGGAUAAUAGUGGUUUCGAACUAUUGGCUAGUUUGGAACGAAAGCCACAUGCAUGUAUCACCAGGAUUUGUACAUAAUUAAGGAACGCGAAAAAUACUCACAGCGUUUCAAAGCGUACUUGGUGUACCAUACCGUGACAUACAUUGCACGUUUCAUUUUGAUGCGGUUGUGUACCCGUCUUGAUGUAACGGUCUAUACAGCGUUACCUUUGACCUACGACCAACGAAAAACCUGAUACCUAAGGAAGUGUUGCGGGACAGUCAAGAUUUGAGCACGUUUUGUCAGACAGAUUUCCGGCCUAGGACAGAUCCAGAGGCUACAUUUUAAAACGCGAUUUUAGCCAAAAACUUGGCAUCCCCCAAUUCUUUGAGAAGUGCUUACAAAAACAAAGCCUCUGAGAGAGUGACAUGUACAUGCACACAAACCAAAAUAAUUGUUUUAAGACACACUCUAGAUGCGCACCUUCUUGACGUUUUUGGUCAUUGCUGCCCGCCGAUUAUGACGCCGCAAGACUAAGAUAUAACAUCCCAAGAAAGUCCCUGAUGAAGAGGAAGUACCAUCACGUGCAUGUAGAGACGUUGAAGAAGGCACGCGCUGAUGCAUUCCACAAUUUGUCGCGAGAUAGGUAUGACCUGAUGCAGCGUUGUGCCUGUGCCUUCUCAGUGUCUUCGUAGAAGUGACCACCCGUCGUGGGCUUUCUUCCGAGGGCCUUGCCUGUGCAGCCCAACUACCAUUGUUAAUACCCUAUGCCGGUCAUCCUUUAGUUUUGACGCGUUCCUGGAGUGCGGCGACCUAGACUUCCAGGACCUCAAGUGGGCCUUCGUGGUGCUCAGUCUCCUGUGUUCGCACUGCGACCGCGGCUCUCCUAGACUUCGGGACCUUCUUAGGAAGACAGCUACAUCUGAAAACUUUGCGAGGAAGACGCUUCCAAAAUUUGCGUUCGAGGUUUCGUCGCUCGAAGACAUUUCCCAGCAGCUGGAAUCCCUCGUUCACCUACUGGACGUCUUGGAGGCCAUAAAGGAAUUUCUUCUGAAUACGGACACCUUCCUUAGCCUACUACCCUAUAUAAUGGCGAUGGUUGACUCAUUGCAUGAAUCACAAUUAGGCAUCGACGACAUCUACAAUAGGGCCUUGAAGUUGGAAGCGUUUGCGACGAGUGGCGCCAUGCUGGGUAGACAACGUGUGUUGUCCCACCCGGACUUCAGAACUCUCCCAGUCGUUCCAGCAUCUGAAGAGUUGCUAGCCAGAGAAUUGCCUCGUUUGACGCCUAAUCGUGUCCGUGGAUCGUAUAAUAGAAUGGAGCACUAUCUGGACGUCCAGUUUAGGCUGCUUCGUGAGGAUUUCGUCCGUCCGCUUCGGGAAGGGAUAUGGGAGUGCGCCCGGGCGCAGCAAGUCCGUGGAUAUAGAUACAGGAAAGAAAUAUUCCGCAAGUUGGACGGCGUGAACGUCCAUUCCGGCGUUGUCGUCAUUUCCUCUUCCGUCAACGCAGAUGGAAGGGUAUACGUCGUGCAGUUCGACGCCUCGAGUUUCUCAAAGAUACGCUGGAAGGGAACGAGGCGCUUCAUUCCCGGAUCGCUGCUUUGCUUCAGUAAGGACAACUUCGAGACAAUCCAGGUGGCCACGGUGUCGCGUGCCAGUCAAAGUAUGCUAGGCAGGGGCGUCGUUGAAGUCACAUUCUGGAAUUGUAGCUGCGCAGUCACGGGCCAGUUUGUUGUUCUGGAAAGCAUCGCAUACUUCGAGGGUUAUCGUCAUGUAUUCCAGGCUCUGCAAAAUACGCACGUUCUUCCACUGGAAAAGUACAUCGUAGGUGCGGAAUCUGUCGUUUUCCAUCCAAGUUACGUGAAUAAUUCGACGACGUUCGACAUAACGUGUCUCCUAGAGGCACCUGGUGGUACCCGCCGAAAGGUGACCCUGCUCGACCGAGACAGCUGGCCAAAGGCGGAAGAACUCCAACUGGACAGCUCCCAACUGCAGGCUCUUCAGUACGCGCUAACCCAUGAACUAGGCGUCAUACAGGGACCUCCGGGAACGGGAAAGACCUACAUGGGUUUGAAGAUUGUUCAGACGCUGUUGGAGAACGACGCCGUAUGGGGUGACGAACAAGGUCCCAUCUUGGUGGUCUGCUAUACCAAUCGCGCCCUGGAUCAGUUUCUGGAAGGCGUGCUUCAGUUCACGAAACUUGUCACCAGGAUGGGCGGUGGAUGUAAGAACAACGCCUUGAAAAGGUAUCAUGUCAAUAGGAAGUGUAAACGGACACAAGCUGGUCGGCAGUCCUGUGAAGCUCUACAGAAGCACCUUGAACGAGUGAAGACUCUUUCAGCAUUGGCACAGAGAGCCUUUUCCGUACCUGAGGAAGAGGACGUUGUAAAACUGCUUAUGCAUGUCAUGAGCAAGGCGUGCUGCCAGUCCUUCUUGCAAGCGGUGUUCGACGAGCAUUCCUUCUGUCAAGUGUUCAGGGUGUGGUUACGCCUGGAUCAAACGAAAGCACUCUUCCUGAAUCAAUGCAGCAAAAAGGACACGUCAUCGGUGCACAAAGCUAAAAAGGGAUCCAACAUGCGGGACCUGGACACAAGCUCUUGGGAAGCACAUCUGCGCAACAUCAUCAAGGAGGGCGAUCGAGCCACAGGAGACGAUCACGUCGAGGACGUCUGGACACUACGAUCUCGAGAGCGCUGGAAACUAUAUCGAUACUGGGUCGACAACCUGACUUCUGUGAUUGACACCUUUCAAACUUCUGAGAUGACCACAAUGGAAGAUGUGCAAGAGCGCAUGGCGCACUCCAGACUAAUGGCUGACCUACCGGUCCUUAGGGCGUCCAAGGUCAUUGGAAUGACAACAACGUGCGCGGCUAAGUACCAGGCUCUCCUCCGCGAGGUGCAACCGCGCAUCGUCAUCGUGGAAGAGGCAGCCGAAGUACUCGAAGCUCACGUGGUGACAAGCUUGGCUCCGCAAACUCAGCAUGUGAUCCUCAUCGGGGACCACCAGCAGUUGCGUCCGCCUACGAAUGUACACGAACUGUCAAUCAGAUACAAGAUGGACGUGUCUCUUUUCGAAAGAAUGCUUAUCAACGGCGUGGGUGUCAAACAGCUCCGCGUUCAACAUCGCAUGAGGCCGGACUUCGCCCGCCUUCUCACGCCACGAUUCUACCCUGCUCUGGAGCACCACCCGUGCGUGGAACAAUACGAGGACAUUGAGGGUAUGACCACGAACAUGUUCUUCUUCAAUCACUCCUCCCCAGAGCGGAGAAAUUCUGGCAGAAGCUAUAGCAACGUUUUCGAGGCGAAUUUUCUUGUCAACCUCUGCAGAUACCUGCUUGCUCAGGGUUACCAACCUUCUCAAAUCACUUUGCUCACGCCGUACAUGUGUCAGAAGAAGCUUCUAGAGCGCGCAGCUAGUACAUAUCACGAGCUGACCGCGGUGGCCAUCACAGUAGUGGAUAAUUUCCAAGGAGAAGAGAACGACAUCAUCCUCUUGUCCCUGGUUCGCUCCAACGAAACCGGGGAAACCGGUUUUGUUCGAGUGGCGAACCGAAUUUGUGUCCUCCUGUCCAGGGCUCGUAUGGGAUUUUACUGCGUAGGCAAUAUGACCUUACUGAGCGAGGCGUCCAACUUAUGGAGAGACAUCGUUGACGACCUCAAAUAUCGUGGCCUUCUCCGAUGCGAACUGAAGUUACGGUGCAGGAGACACUCGAACAGCACGGCAGUAGUAAGAACAGCAGAUGACUUUCCUAGCGGUCGUAGUGGUCUCUGUAACCAUCCGUGCACAGCCUCCCUUCCCUGCGGACAUUCUUGUCCAAAAAACUGCCACAUGGAUACUGAGGACCACACGCUGUUCACCUGCAGAGAGCGUUGCGGAAAGACGUGUUCUAGAGGUCACUGUUGCAACGAACGCUGCCACAGCCACUGUACGCCUAGCACGAUGCAGGUGGAGUUUCCCGUUUGCCACCAUACUUCCGAAGUUCCGUGUUAUAUGGCAGAUAAGGCGAUUUGCACGAAAAAAUGCGGGCGACUCUUGAAUACAUGCGGUCAUCCGUGCGGCAAAACAUGCGGCGAGCUCUGCGGUGGAGCGUGCGUCGGAUCAAGUGCUGAGGUAGGUCCAUGCGGACAUCUCAUCGAAGUUCCGUGCAAGAUAUCUGGCUGUAUCGCUGCUAUUCCAGAACUCUGUCGAGCCCGCUGCGAGAGACUGCUACAAUGCGGACAUAGGUGUGCAGGGCGUUGUAGUGAGCCGUGUGGCGAUAACCCGUGCAGGGAGGCCGUAAAGAAGUCCUUACCCUGCGGCCAUACGGUCACUGCGGAGUGUCGUGAGUUGGCAACGGUUAUUGCAUGCCGGACGAAAUCUAGUUACGUGCUUCCUUGCGGACAUGACGUGGUCCUCGAAUGCUGGCAAACCCAAACUGAAUCAUUUUUCGCUUGCGAUCAGUGUCCAAAGUCCCUGCCAUGUGGACACACAUGCCGCUUCAGAUGCACUAGAGCUUGUAGCCACGUUUGCAGGGCCGAAGUAGCCGCUCCGUGCUUAUCUGGACACACCGUUGUAGUUCCAUGUUGGCAGCAGAAGGAUCCUUCUGUCAUUUCUAGACUGUGCCGUGCACCUUGUCCAGCUAUCCUUCAAUGCGGUCAUCCUUGCUGGAAUGCCUGCAACGAACCUUGCGCAAGUACGUGCAACAAGUAUGUUACUUUGGACAGAGCUUGCGGCCACAAAGAUAUCGUUCCGUGCAGUCUGCGGAAAAAGGAAUUUCCUUGCUUAGAACCUUGUCCUCGGUCUCUUGCCUGCGGUCAUCCGUGUCCGGCCGCCUGCUACAAAACGCCGUGUCCAUACCCGUGCCAGCUAUCGUGUCCAAUGUCCUGCCCUCACGGCCCGUGCCCGGCUGUAUGUGGCUAUCCAUGUCCACCUUGCGGAGAACCCUGCACGUGGUCGUGUCCGCACUAUCGUUGCGAUGCCUUGUGUUGCGAACCUUGUACACGGCCUCCCUGCGACCAUCGCUGCGCGAGACUGCUGCCCUGUGGCCAUGCUUGCCUCGGAGCCUGCGGCGAGCCGUGUCCGACGCUAUGCAGUGUUUGCAAGCCUCAAGAAUACGAGGAAGCAGCGGGAACGUCCCUAAAUGUUCUCCUCAUAGCGCUCGGAGACUGCGGACAUUCUGUGCCCGAGGAAGAUUUGAGGAAAGCUUGUUCCACUGUCCCUGAGGAUGGCCCUCUUUUGUGCCCUAGAUGCUCGACGCCCGCCAGGCAUUGUCUGAGGUUCGGUCAACGUGUCAAGAAGUACAUCGCCAGGAUGAACAGACAAAAGCGAAAGGCUCUGGAUGACAUCGGGACUGAACAUUACGGUUAUAAAGCGGUUGCCGGACAACGCUCACUUGAGUACCUCCGUGGUCUCAUUGCAAAGAAGCAACCCUGCGACAAGUAGCUGCUGACAAGUAGCGACAAUAGGCAGCUGAACAAACUCUUUUUUUAUAUAGUAUUUAUUUUGGUUUCGGAAUAUUGAGCGCUGCGUUGGGCUACUGUAGCCCUUAGUUCUAGGGCUAUUUCAAUUUGACUGUGCCAAGGGUUUCAAUUUGUCCGUGGUUUCGUUAAAACAAUGAAACUUUCAUUCGCGCUUGAGCCCCAGCACAGACUGCAGCGAUGCAUAUGAUGUGCAUUCGCGAUAAUCUCCCUCUUCUCUCCACUGAUCUCAAUGUCAUAACAAAAUCAGACUUGUACAGAUAAAAAAUAUUCCAUA